AUGACUAUAACAUCUGUGGGUAUGAACGAUGCCGACAAUACAAAGGGCACGACCAUUACGCACCACAAUUCACGCUCAUGGUUUGCCGAUAGUGAAAUCAUUGGCAUUGAGAGAUACAAUGUGCAUCUCAAGUUUUAUUACAGCCGGCCACCAACCUCCUCGCCGACAUUCGACAAGAAUUGCGAGUCAGAUCUCGAUGAAGUAUUUCAAUACUUCGAUCCGAACGUGGCUCAAAAAAUCAAAACAGGAGAUGAGUCAUCAGGUCGACCCACGAAAUCAACGAUUAGACCACAUUUUGCAGCUCAAGCUCAACCGACCCCUUAA